GUGAACUCGGCGCGGUGCGCGGCGCGGAGCGGAGGGGCGGCGGCGGGGGGCUCGGCUCGGCUCGGCUCGGCUCGGCUCGGCUCGGCUUGGCACUGCUUGGCUCGGCUCGGCUCGUCACGGCGCGGCACACGCAGCCAUGGAGUUGAACUCUCUGUUAAUCCUCCUGGAAGCGGCCGAGUACUUGGAGAGGCGAGACCGAGCGUUCCUGCAAAGGAGGAAAAAAAUGCAUGGAAAAAAUAUAUUGCCACUAAUGCUGACUUUGUCCCUAGAAGCAGAACAUGGCUAUGCAUCAGUGUUACCCUUCGAUAGUGACUAUUCCAGAAAGAAAACAAAGGCAGGCACCAUGGCCAGAAAAUCCCAGAAUAACAGGUCAUCACACAACGAACUAGAAAAACAUAGGCGGGCUAAGCUCCGGCUAUAUUUGGAACAGCUAAAACAGCUUGUGCCUCUUGGGCCAGACAGCACCAGACACACUACUCUAAGUCUGUUGAAAAGAGCUAAGAUGCAUAUCAAGAAAUUGGAAGAACAGGACCGAAAAGCUCUAAAUAUUAAAGAACAAUUACAGCGGGAGCACCGCUACCUCAAACGCAGAUUGGAGCAGCUAUCCGUGCAGGGCAUGGAGCGUAUCCGCACUGACAGUAUGGGAUCAACAAUAUCCACUGAUUCCGAACAAGAAGUAGACAUUGAAGGAAUGGAGUAUACACCAGGUGAAAUGGACAGUAUUGGAAGUGCCAGUGAUGCUGAAGACCACUACAGUUUGCAAAGCGGUUCGAGUGAUGGAGGUUACACACAUUCCCGCAGACUGAAUGCCAGGCUCUCAUAGUGCCUGAGUUACCACUCCAACUCAGGACCAUCUGACUGAAGCACUUAUAUAUGAAAAUUCCAGAGGUGUCAACUGCCACUCUUCCGGGAAACCCCAACCACAGUACUCUGAAAUGGAGGUUUCUUACCCACGGUUCCCUGCACUGUAACCACAAUAUCAGAUAUUGUAAAUCAUGGGUUUGCUGCAGAGAACUGUGGCUAGGUACAGUUGUGACUUAAAGCUAGCUUGAUGUAGCCAUACUGCAAAUUAAGGAAAAUAAAGUACAUCAUUCCAUUCAAGAAGUAUUAAAUUCAAACUGUUGGAAGCAUAUGAUGGCAUAAGGAAGUUUGACAGUUCUUUGAUUUUGCAGAAACAUUUUCAGACAUCGAAGAAUAAAAGGAAUCUACAAGGUGGUUAGUGAUUCAAAGAUAUAAAAACUAAAACUACUUUUUCUCAUGGUAUUUUUUCAUGAAAAAAACAUUUUGAACGCUGUAUGGCGGGCUGUAUAGUAUAAAUUCUUUCAGCAGUUGUUGUUUGAGUGAAGCAGGCAGAUAAAUCUUCAAAUCUCAGAUGAUCUUUAGAAAAGGUCAUAUUUACAAGUCACUACUGUACUUCAAAAUGGGGGAAAAGCCAGCUCUAAUAAUGACUUCAUGUGGGAUGAUCUCAACUUUCUUUUGCUUUUUUGUAUUCAAUAUCCAACCAGCAGCAAUUCAUUCUGUCCAUGUUAACAGGACUAGUAGAAAGCAACACUGCGGUUUUAUCCUGUUACCGUGGAAUGGAUGAUAUUUGAAGCAUUUCAGUGUUUUUGUUUGUUUGGGGUUUUUUGUGUUGUUUGAAGAAUACAGACUCAAGUGAUCCAGAUUGUGAUAAUUAAUCUUUCCUUGCAAGGAAAUGAAAUUACUGUUUGCUUGUAUUUUUUUUUCCUAUUUACAGAUGUCAAUACAUUUUUAUGGAAGGCAUGGCUUAAAAUUACAGUAUUCAGCUAGAAGAUAAUUAAUCUUUUUUUUCUUUUGCACACUAUAAUUGCAUUUUCUAUUCUUAAAAAAAGUGCAAAAAAAUUAAAAUGUAUGCUGUAAAACAGCAAAGUUUAUUUAGUACUCAUCAAGCUGUUCAGAACAUAUUUACCCAAAUUGUAGCAAUACUAUGAAGAUGUAUUUUAAUACAACUUCUGCUUAGUGAAGUCAUUAGAGCUUGGCUUGCCGGGUAAGAAAAAUGGACCAGUCUUUGCAUUAUCUGUUUAAAGAAGGUCUUUUAAAAAAAAAGAAAAAAAAAAAAGAAAGAAAAAAAGAAAAAAAAAAGAAAAAAGCUAUAAACACUUUUAGGGAAGUGAUUUUAGCAAGUGUAGUCUAUAUUUCCUGUAAGAGAUUUUGUAUUAUAUUUUCCUAAGUGUUCUCAUUUACUUGUAUAGGGAGGGGAAUGGUACAGACCCAGACCAGAGUCUCAGGGACUCUUCACCUUUGUCAUAUUGUGCCUUGGUGACCAUUUAUGUAUGCCUCUCCUUCUCAUUGUUAAAGGACAACUAAGCUUUGUUUCCUGCAAGACUCGCUGUUUGAAUGGUCAGUUGUCCACCUUCUCACAAAUGAAGUAGAGAGGUGUAUUUAUAUCUUCACCCUCUCACAACUGAUUCAGUCUGGCUUUAAGUAAAAUCAGAAAAUUAGGUGUUGGUACGAGGGUUAAUUGUCUUUAUACGAGCCCUCCCUUCAAUUCUUCAGCGCCCAAAUCUCUAUUUUGUUAGCUUAUAAAGUCAGGGUCUCUGUGAGACCAAUGUUCAGUGGCUAGGGAAACACAAACGUACUGUGUGAAGCUAUGGGAUGUCCAAGUGUGGUGCCAUUUUUAGCAUUCAGAUACAAGACCUCAUGACAUACUGACCAUUAUGAUCAAAAACAAAGAUUCAGUUGUUCUUUCAGCAUUUGACAUGUGUCCUCCCUUUGGCUCUUACAACACAGAGUAGAAAUAUGAAUACAUUUUGUGGCAGCUUACAGAUCCUUGUUUGCACUCUCGCUUACUGCUUGGAACUUGCCAACAAGGAAAAUGUAUACUUUUAAGUUAAAUAACCUAAUUGAUGGCCACCCCUACUUUGGCUUUGGGGAGGGGCCUAAGGUUAUAAACUCUGGCAGCUGAAUACAAAAACAAUUAACCUUUUCUGUGAUGCAGGUUUUGGUAUUAUGUUAUAUACACCUUGCAUAUUACUAAAAUCCUCGUUGUUGGGGAAAGCACACAGCAAUAUACUCAUUGUGUGUAGCUGACAAGCAGCAGAAAUUACUAGCUCCUUUGGUGCAUAUGUAACUAAUUUCCAAAUCAUGGAAAAAAUUAAGAGUUUACUUUAACACGACUGUUAACAGGAAAAAAAAAAAAAGGCUAGUAUAUUGUUGCUGUUCAUUUAUUAUAUAAUGAACACAUUCAUGAAUUGUAAAGUGUUUCCUUUCAUGACAAGCAGCUCUUGCACAGAACCUCCUAAUGAAAAGAGAUUUGAAACUUACAGAAGGAAAGACAAGAUUUUAAAUUGAACAUUAUUGUACCUUAGGUCAACCUGAAAUUUUCCUUUUAAAGAUGAAUGUGCUAACUUAAUGAGUUCUUCCACGCUGGGUAUCCAUGGCUUUGUAGAUCUUAUAUUUUCAAUAAAAAUUACUCGAAUAA